UUAAAAAUAUUUUUGAUCGAUAGAUCACGUUGUGAAACAAUAAUGUGUAAAAAAUCUCCGAUCUAGAUAUAUUGUAGUUCUCUAGAAAUUUCUAAUGCACGCUCAGCCUGGAGUACACCCUGUAUAUCAAAAAGACUUUCCCGCUAAAUUUAUACAAAGGUAAAUAUCUAAAAAGAUAUACUUUUAUCCUUUUAUCACAGAAUCAGAAAUAACUUUUACUUCUUUAUACACAGUAUCACCACAGUAUAUCGAAUAUUUAUUUCAACUUUUUUAAAACGCUAUUAUUUAAUUUAGACCAUUCGACCUUGAAACGUACAUAGCUCAAAGCAAUAAACGGUUAAAAAAAAUUAAAAGAAAAUAGAUGUGAACGAACGUUUAUAAACAAACGUAACAUUUCAUUUAAUAAAUUACCAGAAUAUUUUCACACUUACAUUUUUCUAAAUAGAAAAAUGUCACAAUUUAUUGACGCCUAAUAAAAAUAAUAAAAAUAAGGAUUAUUUCACGUUUACUUUGAACGGUAGCGAUCUAAACAUGUAUGACGACUCUGAAGAUUCUGAUUACGAGUUUUGUUAUAUAUACGACGCAGAUGAAAUUAUCGAAGAAUGUCCAAGAACCUCCACAUACGAACAAAGGAUAUCGCAAUUGGCUGAAGAAUCGCGUAAAGACGCAUUUCAAACAAUUUUUCACCAAAAAAAAGAGCAAAUUUUUUCACUGCCAGGAGUUAAUUUCUUGAAAUUUACUCAUAGAUAUAUAAAAUUUUGUUUUCAACCCAAUUUAAUAUACAAUGGCAUAUCCCAAAAAUAUAUAUUUUACUGUUCUUUGAGGUAUUUAAAAAGAUACGGUAAAUGGAUUUUAAAAAGAGAACCUAUGCCAGCGCAACCGUUAUAUCGUAAAGUUAUUCCUUCUGUUUUUAUUGAAGAUGAUAUUAUUAGUCUCAGUAUGGUUAUUUGUAAAGUAUAUGAAGAGUUAAAAAAGUGGGCAAAAAGAGAAAUAAAAAUUCGGAGAGAUAAAUACGAGAGGUACAGAAAGGGACAAAUUACUUAUAUUGAUAUAGAUUUAACUGAUGAAGAGUUGUAUUUUUCUGAUGAUGAAAGACAAGCUUUGCAUGAAAAGAGGAUUACUGUAUUGAAAAGAAUGAUCCCUCCCGGUUAUUAGGAUUAUUUUAUAUAUAUUUUGUUAUUUAUAUA